AUGGGUCUUACCUUGGAGGAUAUCUAUGGCAAAGAUCUAAGUGAAGACCAGGCUCCCCAGGAGUAUUCGGAGUACCAGCCCAAGCAAGGCUAUGGCUGGGCCAACGCUCUGCCCGAGCGGCAGGGUCUGUAUGACCCCGAAUACGAGAAGGAUGCCUGCGGUGUCGGAUUCGCAGCUCAUAUUAAGGGCAAGGCUAGUCACAAGAUCGUGAGCGAUGCCCGCAAUCUGCUGUGCAACAUGACCCACCGUGGAGCCGUUGGCUCCGAUGCGCGCGACGGUGACGGUGCUGGUGUGAUGACCAGUAUCCCACACAAAUUUUUCAUCAAGAAUUUCGCUCGUGAGGUCGGCGUGGAGCUGCCUCCGCUGGGUCAAUAUGCCGUUGGCAACUUGUUCUUCAAGCCCGACGAGGUGGCACUCCAGCAAUCGAAAACCAGCUUCGAGGAAUUGGCCACCUCCCUGGGCCUGCGGGUCCUGGGCUGGCGUGAAGUGCCCCGCGAUUCGACCAUUUUGGGCCCGGCCGCCCUGUCGCGCGAGCCCAUUGUCCUUCAACCCUUCGUGGUGCUGCAGUCCGCGUACGGUGAGGGUAACAAGCCGGAAAUUACUGAUGUUGAGAAGUUCGACGAGCGGACCUUCGAGUUGCAGUUGUUCGUGCUGCGCAAGCGUGCGACUCACGUUAUUGGAUCCGGCAAUUGGUUCUACCUCUGCUCGCUGAGCAACCGGAAUAUUGUUUAUAAGGGCCAGCUCUCUCCCGUACAGGUUUACACAUACUACCACGAUCUCGUCAACGUCGACUACGAGGGCCACUUCGCACUCGUUCACUCUCGAUUCUCCACCAACACAUUCCCCUCUUGGGACCGCGCGCAGCCUCUCCGAUGGGCCGCCCACAAUGGUGAAAUUAACACAUUGCGAGGAAACAAGAAUUGGAUGCGCGCCCGUGAGGGUGUUCUUCGGUCGGAGGUGUUCGGCGACGAGCUCGACCUGCUCUAUCCCAUUGUUGAGGAGGGCGGUUCCGACUCCGCUGCUUUCGAUAAUGUGCUGGAGUUGCUGAUGAUCAACGGUGUUCUGUCUCUGCCCGAGGCGGUGAUGAUUAUGAUUCCCGAGGCCUGGCAGGAUAACCCCGCGAUGGACCCGUCCAAGGCGGCCUUCUACGAGUGGGCGGCGUGCCAGAUGGAGCCCUGGGAUGGCCCGGCUCUGUUCACCUUCUCUGACGGCCGUUACUGUGGUGCUAACCUCGACCGUAAUGGCCUCCGCCCGUGCCGUUUCUACGUGAUGGAUGACGACCGCAUUGUCUGCGCCUCGGAGGUAGGUGCUAUUGAUAUUGACCCGGAGCGGGUCAUCCAGAAGGGUCGUUUGCAACCCGGAAAGAUGCUGCUGGUCGACACCGUGGCCGGGCGUAUCAUCGACGAUGCUGAAUUGAAGCGGACUGUCGCUGGCCGUCAGGACUUCGCCAGCUGGCUGGAUAAAGAGCUCCUCAAGCUGCCCGCUAUUAACAAGCUGCUCGUUGAAAAAAACGUGGACCUGUCUUUCAAGAUUGAUGACAGCACGGUCCAGAAUGACCCUCGCCUGCGUGCGUUCGGUUACUCUUUCGAGCAGGUCAGCCUCCUGCUGGGCCCCAUGGCUGCGGACUCCAAGGAAGCUCUGGGAUCCAUGGGUAACGAUGCUCCCCUGGCUUGCAUUGCUCAACAACCUCGCCUGCUCUACGAGUACUUCCGCCAGCUGUUCGCCCAGGUCACCAACCCGCCCAUCGAUCCUAUCCGUGAAGCUGUUGUCAUGUCUCUGGAGUGCUACGUCGGUCCUCAGGGGAACCUGCUCGAGAUGGACCCUUCCCAAUGCCAUCGUCUGCGUCUGUCCUCCCCCAUUCUGAGCAUCCCCGAGUUUAACGCUCUAAAGAACAUUAACAAGGCCCACAACGACUGGUCUGUUUGUACCAUUGAUAUCACCUUCGACAAGAAGAAGGGCACUGCUGGCUAUCUCGAGGCGCUGGAUGCUAUCUGCGAAGCCACCACUGAGGCUAUUCAGAAUGGUGACAAGGUUAUUGUGCUUUCUGACCGUGCCACCGGCGCUGAGCGUGUUCCUGUCUCUGCCUUGCUGGCGACUGGUAUGGUUCACCACCAUCUGGUUCGCAACAAGUGGCGUUCUCUCGCUGCUGUGGUUGUCGAGACUGCCGAGGCUCGUGAGGUCCACCACCACUGUGUCCUCCUGGGUUACGGUGCCGAUGCCAUCAACCCUUACCUCGCCCUGGAGUGCAUUCUCAAGAUGAACCGUGAGAACUUGAUCCGCAAGGACCUCCCCGACGACAAGGUCAUUGAGAAUUACAAGGCGUCUUGCGACGGCGGUAUCCUCAAGGUCAUGAGUAAGAUGGGUAUCUCGACACUGCAGUCCUACAAGGGUGCUCAGAUUUUCGAGGCUCUCGGCAUCGACGACAGCGUCAUCGACCGCUGCUUUGCCGGCACUGCCAGCCGCAUCCGCGGUAUCACCUUCGACCUGAUUGCCCAGGAUGCCUUCGCCUUCCACGAGCGCGGCUACCCCUCCCGCAACAUUGUCGAGAUCCCCGGCCUUCCCGAGUCCGGCGAGUACCACUGGCGAGACGGCGGCGAGCCGCACAUCAACGACCCAGUCAGCAUCGCCAACAUGCAAGAUGCCGUGCGAACCAAGAAUGACAAGUCCUACGAGGCCUACGCCAAGGCUGAGCACGAGCAAAUUAAGAACUGUACGCUGCGCGGCAUGCUCGAGUUCGACUUUGAGCAGCGCACCCCCAUCCCCAUCGACCAGGUCGAGCCCUGGACCGAGAUCGUGCGCCGCUUCGUGACCGGCGCCAUGUCCUACGGCUCCAUCUCCAUGGAGUCGCACUCCACCCUGGCCAUCGCCAUGAACCGUCUGGGCGGCAAGUCCAACACCGGCGAGGGCGGCGAGGACUCCGAGCGCAGCAAGCGCCUGGAGAACGGCGACACCAUGCGCUCUGCCAUCAAGCAGAUUGCCUCGGGCCGGUUUGGCGUCACCUCGCACUAUCUCGCGGACGCCGACGAGCUCCAGAUCAAGAUGGCCCAGGGAGCCAAGCCCGGCGAGGGUGGCGAGCUGCCCGGCCACAAGGUUGUCGGUCCCAUUGCCCGCACGCGCCACUCCACCCCCGGUGUCGGCCUGAUCUCCCCGCCUCCCCACCAUGACAUUUACUCCAUCGAGGAUCUGAAGCAGCUCAUCUACGACCUGAAGUGCUCGAACCCGCGCGCCCGUGUCUCCGUCAAGCUGGUCUCCGAGGUCGGUGUUGGUAUUGUCGCGUCGGGUGUGGCUAAGGCUAAGGCUGACCACAUCCUGAUUUCGGGUCACGAUGGUGGUACUGGUGCCUCGCGCUGGACUGGUAUCAAGUAUGCUGGUCUCCCUUGGGAACUGGGUCUUGCCGAGACUCACCAGACUCUGGUUCUUAACGAUCUCCGUGGUCGCGUUGUUGUCCAGACUGAUGGUCAGAUUCGUACCGGACGUGAUCUGGCUAUGGCCUGUCUUCUUGGAGCUGAAGAAUUUGGCUUUGCAACCACUCCUUUGAUCGCUAUGGGGUGCAUUAUGAUGCGCAAGUGCCACCUGAAUACCUGCCCGGUUGGUAUCGCGACUCAGGAUCCUGAGCUGCGAAAGAAGUUCCAGGGUUCACCCGAGCACGUGAUCAACUUCUUCUACUAUGUCGCCAACGAGAUGCGCGCCAUCAUGGCCAAGCUUGGUGUUCGAUCUGUUAAUGAGAUGGUUGGUCGUGCGGAGCUGCUCAAGGUCCGCGACGACAUCCGCAACUUGAAGCAGGAGCGGAUUGAUCUCUCGCUGAUCCUGACCCCCGCCCACUCCCUGCGCCCCGGAGUUGCUACCUACAACGUUCGCAAGCAGGACCACCGUCUGCACACCCGUCUCGAUAACAAGCUGAUUUUCGAGUCUGAGCUUGCUUUGGAGAAGGGUCUCCCCUGCCGCAUCGAAUGUGACGUUGUCAACACUGACCGUGGCCUCGGUGCCACCCUCUCGUACCAGAUCAGUCGACGCUACGGCGAGGCCGGUCUGCCCCAGGACACUAUCCAUGCUAACAUCAAGGGUUCUGCUGGUCAGUCCUUCGGUGCCUUCCUGGCCCCUGGUGUUACCCUGGAGCUUGAGGGUGAUGCCAACGACUACGUCGGCAAGGGCCUUUCCGGUGGCCGUCUUAUUGUCUAUCCUCCUCGCGGAGCUGCCUUCAAGGCUGAAGAGAACGUCAUCGUUGGUAACACUUGUCUGUACGGUGCUACUCGCGGUACUUGCUACUUCCGUGGUGUUGCGGCUGAGCGUUUCGCUGUCCGCAACUCUGGUGCCACGGCCGUUGUUGAGGGUUGUGGAGACCACGGUUGCGAGUACAUGACCGGUGGUCGUGUCCUCAUUUUGGGCCCGACUGGCCGUAACUUUGCUGCUGGUAUGUCUGGCGGUAUUGCUUAUGUGCUGGACAUGAACGAGGACUUCCACUCUAAGGUCAACAUGGAGAUGGUCGAGGUCUCUGGCAUUGAGGACCCCUCUGAGAUCGCCUUUGUUCGUGGCCUCAUCGAGGAUCACCACCACUACACUGGCUCUGAACUGGCUGCUCGUAUUCUUCUUGAUUUCACCCGUGCUCUUCCCCACAUUCUCAAGGUCCUGCCCACCGACUACAAGCGGGUCAUGGAGGAGGAGGCUGCCAAAGCCGCUGCCGCCAAGAAGGCUGAGUUCGCUCUGCCCCAACUUCCCAGCAUGCCUGCCGAGAAGCCCAAGGUCCACGCCGACGAGAAGAAAGCCGAUCUGCUGGACAUUGAGGACAGCAUCAGCGACGAGAAGGCCGAGAAGAAGCGCUCCGCGCUGAUUCUCGACAAGACUCGCGGUUUCAUGAAGUACAGUCGCCGCAGCGAGAAAUACCGCAACCCGACUACUCGUACCCGCGACUGGGCCGAACUAUCCAACCGUCUCAGCGAGGACGAGCUCAAGUACCAAUCUGCUCGUUGCAUGGACUGUGGUGUUCCUUUCUGCCAGUCCGACACCGGCUGCCCCAUUUCCAACAUCAUUCCUAAAUGGAAUGAACUUGUGUUCCAGAACCAAUGGCAGGAUGCUCUUAACCGUCUGCUCAUGACCAACAAUUUCCCUGAAUUCACUGGCCGUGUCUGCCCUGCUCCUUGUGAGGGUGCCUGUGUUCUGGGCAUCAAUGAGGACCCCGUCGGUAUCAAGUCGAUCGAGUGCGCGAUCAUCGACCGUGGUUUCGAGAUGGGUUGGAUGGUGCCUUGUCCUCCUAAGAUUCGCACCGGCAAGACCGUUGCCAUUAUUGGAUCCGGCCCCGCUGGUAUGGCUGCUGCUGAUCAGCUUAACCGUGCUGGCCACUCUGUGACCGUGUACGAGCGUGCUGACCGCGUCGGUGGUCUCCUCAUGUACGGUAUUCCCAACAUGAAGCUCGACAAGAAGAUCGUCCAGCGCCGUGUUGACCUCAUGGCCGCCGAGGGCAUUAAGUUCGUUACCAGCACCGCCGUCGGCCCCGAUAGCGAGGUAACUCUGCAAUCGCUCCGCUCCUCCAACGAUGCCGUCAUCAUCGCUACGGGCGCCACUGUCGCCCGCGACCUGAAGGUUACCGGCCGCGAGUUAGAGGGCGUUCACUUCGCUAUGCAAUUCCUGCACAAGAACACCAAGUCGCUCCUGGACUCGGGCCUUGCAGAUGGCGAGUACAUCUCCGCCAAGGACAAGCACGUCGUGGUUAUCGGUGGUGGUGACACCGGCAACGACUGCAUCGGCACGUCCGUCCGCCACGGCGCCAAGUCUGUUACCAACUUCGAGCUGCUGCCGCAGCCUCCUCCCGAGCGCUCCCGCGACAACCCCUGGCCGCAGUGGCCGCGCAUCUACCGCGUGGACUACGGCCACUCGGAGGUGAAGACCCACAUGGGCAAGGACCCGCGUGAGUUCUGCGUGAUGUCGACCGAGUUUGUGGACGAUGGCAGCGGCCGGGUCAAGGGCAUCAACACCGUGCGUGUGGACUGGACCAAGAGCGCGACCGGUGGCUGGGACAUGAAGACCGUCGAGGGCAGCGAGCAGUUCUUCCCCGCGGACCUGGUGCUCCUGUCAAUGGGCUUCCUGGGCCCCGAGGACCGAUUGCUGGGCGACGAGAUCGAGCGCGACCCCCGCAAGAACGUCAAGACUCCCCCCGGCCACUACUCGACCAACCUUCCUGGCGUCUAUGCUGCAGGUGACUGCCGCCGUGGCCAGUCGCUGAUUGUCUGGGGUAUCAACGAAGGUCGCCAGGCUGCCCGCGAGGUCGACGCUUUCCUUAGCGGCAUCAGCUCCCAGCUCCCCGUCACUGGUGGCAUCGUUCGCCGCCCGGCUAUCGACUCUGUCCCCCAGCCGGCUGAGAUGCAAGUCGUCGCUUAA